AUGACGACCCCCGCGCAACACUUCGUUGUCCUCGGUGCCGGCGUCAUCGGUCUCACUACCGCACUGACCCUCAGAGCCGAAUUUCCAUCCGUGAAGAUCACGAUCCUAGCAGAGUACUUCCCCGGCGACUACAACAUCGACUACUGCUCGCCGUGGGCCGGAGGUAAUUGGUGCUCCUCGGCCAACGAUAAUGGUCUUCUCGAAUCUUUCGACCGUGUCGCGUUUGAGCGAUUUAGGAAAAUUGCAAAGAGCGCACCAGAAGCGGGAAUUAAAAGUUCGCCGCUGCGAAUGAUCUUCGACCAAAAGAUCGAGGAUGCAGGCAUUCUUAGUGUGGAAACUGGCAAGCUGUGGUACGAUGACUUGGUUGGGGGCACUGUGCCACUUCGUACGGACGAAUUGCCCGACAAAGCCGUGUUUGGACUUGAUGUACCUAAUACCUUUGUGAUCAACACUCAAAUCUACUUGCAAUGGCUUCUUGAGCAAUGCAGACAGAGCAAAGUCAUUCUGGUCCGUCAAAAGAUUGGUCACAUCAAUGAGGCUCGCAUCUCUUCAGAUGUCACCACGGUCUUCAACUGUACAGGCUUAGGGUCCUACUUCCUUGGUGGAGUGGAAGACAAGUCCAUGUAUCCGACUCGAGGGCAAACCAUCUUGGUCGAGCAGCCGAUUGAGCCCCUCAAGAGGAUGUACUUCCGUUCACCUCGAAGAGUAGACAACGACACCACCUACAUCUUCCAGAGGCCUCUAGCAGGCGGCAUUGUUCUAGGCGGAUGUCGUCAAGACGGAAAUUGGGACAAGGAGGUCGAUCCCGAGUUGACAAAGACUAUCCUCCAGCGUUGUUGCGCGUUGGCCCCAGAGCUGGGGAAGCCCGGAGACUUGAAAAUCAUCAAGCACGGCGUCGGGCUGAGACCAAAUCGUAAAGGCGGACCAAGAAUCGAGGUUGAGAAGAGAGAUGAGGGGCUGGUCGUACAUAAUUACGGAGCAUCUGGGGCGGGAUAUCAGGCAUCUUGGGGAAUGGCAGCACAUGCGGUGAAACUUGCAAAAUUGCAAGUAACAAGUCAGACACCCUCGUCGAAGCUUUAG